CUGCCGCUGAGCGUCCAGAACCCACAAUUAUCCAGUGCACAGCCUCCAGAGAAAAUGAACACGCCUUUAUUACAUACACACGUGUAAUAACUCAUCUGUGAAUGUGUCUCUGGGAACACACUCGAUAUGUAAGUUUACGUCGGAAAUUAACAAACUGAAAUACGAGAGACAGCUGGUGGGGAUUUUCACGGAUUAUUUCUUUCGCUGAGGAGACGAACCCUUUUGAUUUAGAAUCCAAGAUCCCAUCAUGGAAAAUAAUGACCACAGCGUGCAUUGUUUAAUGAAUAGCGCUUAGACUUGCACUUUCCAAGGAAACUGUUCAACAGAACUUUAUUCUCCGAGAGCUAAUCGCUCCGAUAACCAUUGGGGAAGAUGUGUAAUUUAUUGCUUUGAUAGAUCAGAAAAGCCUCUAAAUCUGGUCGCGAUCGCUGGAAUGCUAAUAGAAAAUAUUUUUCACCAGUGAUGCUGCGUAUGUAUCCCUUUCAUACGUGAGAUGGGACGUUUCAAGCUCGGGUGAAAUCUUAGUUUCGGUAACAUGGAGCACUGUUUUUCCGUGAAGUUACCAAGGAGAUAAUGAAAGCAAUAUAAUUAAUAUUUCUAUCGCGAAAUUUGCAUGAGAUCGGUGAAAAGAAUGCGUUUUGUACACUGCUGAUAAUUUUGGCGUAAUCCUCACUCUCAGAGAAUUUGCGCAACAGGAUGCUGUAGUUUUUUGUGCUUGUUAGUGUGAACAUGAAGGGUGAUUUGAAAUUAUUCAAAGCUUUCUAGAUUUGUUUUUUGCUUUUAAAACUUUUCAUUGACUGCUUUUCCGAUGGAUAUAUGCCCCUAUGAUAACGUGGAAUUUCCAGUCCAGCGACAGGGUGGGAUCGAUACAUGGGAGGGCGUGUCCGGGUACACGGGCCCCCAGUCCAAACCCUACAACCAGACCGUGAUGAGGGACAAAGUAACGUCCUCCCUCGCCCCAGUGUUUGAGAAUGACGAUGGAUCCACCGAUGAGAAUUCGGAAAUCCCCAAAGUAGAGGACCAAAGACAAAGAUUGAUUGUGACACCAGCUAUUGACCCUGUGCCAAUUAAUAAAAAGGAAACGGUGGUGGGUUUCAAGAAAGGAGUGUAUGUAGUCAACGAGUCCAACCAGAUGAACAACCACAAAUCCAUCAUGUCAACCACGCCUAAACCGUCAUCAUCACCCUCAGUCAGUCCAAAGGUCAAGGACGCCAAGACCGUAAUCAUUGAACAACCAAGGUCCAUAGCAUCGGCCUUCACCCGAGUCGACUUUAACCCGAGGUCACAACAGAUUUUGGAAACAGCAUACACUCGCCACAAACAUUUCUACAAGUUAAAUGAGGCGAUUCUGGACCAGGCUAACGACAUGAAGGAGACUGUUUGGGAUACAAAGGGGAGGCCGGGGGAGAUGUUAACAUACGAACAGUUAAUUCAAGGUAUGCUGGAGGAGGGAGAAAUGCUGGUACUGGGAGGGUCGUGGCUGUAUUUCAACAACAUCGAUUUCCUGGACGUGGAAGGUAAAAAUUCCGUUAAGCCGUCCAUUGGAAAAGGGCGGCUCUGUUUGACCAACCAGCGUCUGCUCAUUCUGUCGGCGGAAAACGUUCUGGACGCUGAUUUAUCGGAAUACGGUGAUCCUACACGUGCGGAAGGAGGCUACAAGAUCCAGGUUUCUAAAUGUAACAGUGUCUUUAUCCAGAACCUUCCGCUGACCUGUGUCCAGGAUGUAGAGUUGUCGGCAAGUGUCGGAACUGCCGAGGAGAGCCGAGUGUCCAUUAGGAAUCCCGUCUGUGAUGGACUGUGCGCAUGUUUUGGGAUUGGUAGAUGUGGCAUCACAUGGAAAAAGACAAAUCCGUUCCCAGUUCUUAUAAACAGACGUGUCCUGAGCCUAGGUGUUAAGAUGCCUCCAUGGCUGACUAAGACUUUGAUUGUAGUACACUUGAAUUCAGAGAUGCCACUAAAUAUGGCAAGAGACUUUGUUGCAAAACUUCAUCACCACGCUCCCUUGUAUAAUGAGCGAUCACAGGGCUAUACCAGUGUGUGAUAAUGCAUUUUAUAUUAUCUAAACGUCUAUUAAACAGGUGAUUUUUGUG